AUGGCAACCCGUGAUGACGGACCAGCAGCCCCCUCCCCAUACCAUAGUGAUUAUACAGGCCGGAAACCCGUGAUGACGGACCGGCAGCCCCCUCCCCAUACCAUAGUGAUUAUACAGGCCGGAAACCCGCCGGAAACCCGUGAUGACGGACAAGCAGCCUCCCACCAAUGUAAUAGUGAUUAUCUAGCAACUCGUGAUGACGGACCAGCAGCCCCCUCCCCAUACCAUAGUGAUUAUACAGGCCGGAAACCCGUGAUGACGGACAAGCAGCCUCCCACCAAUGUAAUAGUGAUUACCCAGCAACCCGUGAUGACGGACCAGCAGCCCCCUCCCCAAUACAAUAGUGAUUACCCAGCAACCCGUAAUGACGGACCAGCAGCCCCCUCCCAUACAAUAGUGAUUACCCAGCAACCCGUGAUGACGGACCAGCAGCCCUCUUCCCAAUACAAUAGUGAUUAUCCAGCAACCCGUGAUGACGGACCAGCAGCUCCCCAUACAAUAGUGAUUAUCCAGCAACCCGUGAUGACGGACCAGCAGCCCCCUUCCAAUACAAUAGUGAUUAUCCAUGAUUAUAUAGCAACCCGUGAUGACGGACCGGCAACCACCUCCCUAUACAAUAGUGAUUAUCCAGCAACCCGUGAUGACGGACCAGCAGCCCUCUUCCAAUACAAUAGUGAUUAUCCAGCAACCCGUGAUGACGGACCAGCAGCCCCCUUCCCAUACCAUAGUGAAUACCCAGCUACCCGUAAUGAAGGACCAGCAGCACCCUCCCCAUACCAUAGUGAUUUCCGGCAACCCGUGAUGACGGACCAGCAGCCCCCUCCAAAUACCAUAGUGAUUACCCAGCAACCCGUGAUGACGGACCAGCAGCCCUCUUCCCAAUACAAAAGUAAUUAUCCAGCAACCCGUGAUGACGGACCAGCAGCCCCCUCCCCAUACAAUAGUGAUUAUCCAACAAGCCAUGAUGACGGACCAGCAGCGACCUCCCCAUACCAUAGUGAUUCCCGGCAACACGUGAUGACGGACCACCAGCCCCCUUCCCAUACAAUAGUGAUUAUCUAA